AUGCUCAGGUGUGUCGUUUUUUUGGCAACAACGGCAACAGUGUUCUCUUUGCCAAAGGAAAAGCGUCAAGUCCGUAUUGGAAUGGUUCCGAUAUUCGACGCACGAAUAACCAACGAACCAAUCACUUUUACGUUUACGACCGUUCCACCUACAUUCACAUCAACUUCAUAUCCUGUCACUUCUUACCCAGUACAAAUCAAGGGUACCGAAAAGCUACCCACUUUGAUUCCAAUGGAUCACAAGGAGUCUUAUGUACAAACUAACUACAAUAAUUUCAAUGAAAAGUGGCAAUACACUCCAAGGCCUCAAUUGUACACAACUUCCAUUUACAAUCAGGCCCAGUACUUUAGUGGAUACGGAUCGAACAAGCCAGUAACUGUAUCGCGCUCUCCCUACGAUGCAGCCUGGACACAGAUAGGCGAUAGCUGGCAUCAGAUGAAGAGCACACUCGCUGCAUCAGGAAUUGAACGAGACUGGCGUCAACUUUGGGGAAAAUUAACAGGAGCAGUGGAGCCUUUUAUGUCGGAAUUCAGUGAGCAACUGGGCAAGAUGGUUAACAUAUUUUUGAGACAGCAACAAUCACGUUUGGAGAGAGAGACGCCAAAGCCCAGUGGAACUUCCUUUUGGCUAUUUCGCGGUGAUCGUCAACAACAGAAUUUGGCAGCAACCUCACCAACAAAAGGAGACCUUGGCUCCGCUGCACCGUAA